UGGGGUCCUGCGGCGCUGAGGUCAUGAGGGUGUUUGGUUACUCGGCGUCUCUCCUCCAUAUCGUCCUACACACCUACACACCGGCUCUCUGCCUCUGUUUCUACCGCUUUCACUCACAUCUCAAGUUCACAGCAACAUAAACAACAGCAACACUCGGAAAAAUGGCAGUUCCUCCAACAUAUGCAGACCUUGGAAAAUCAGCAAAGGACAUCUUCAAUAAGGGAUAUGGUAACUGGAAGCAAGAUAAAAGGCAGUUUUAUAAGUUUUGGAAUGGUUAAGCUCGAUGUGAAGACAAAGUCUUCAAGUGGAGUGGAGUUUAAAACGUCCGGCUCGUCCAACGUAGACACCAGCAAGGUCAACGGAACUCUGGAAACCAAGUACAAGUGGGCCGAGUAUGGGCUGACGUUCACAGAGAAGUGGACCACGGAAAACACACUGGGAACUGAAAUCUGUGUUGAGGAUCAGAUCACCAAAGGGCUGAAACUUACUUUUGACACUACAUUCUCACCAAAUACUGGCAAGAAGAGCGGCAAGGUCAAGACGGCUUACAAAAGGGAAUACGUUAAUGUGGGUGUUGAUGUAGAUUUAGACUUUGCUGGUCCUACGAUCCAUGGAGCAGGAGUGGCCGGCUACGAGGGCUGGCUGGCUGGCUACCAGAUGACCUUUGACUCAGCCAAAUCAAAGAUGACCCAGAGUAACUUUGCAGUUGGUUACAAGACCGGAGACUUCCAGCUCCACACCAAUAUUAAUGAUGGUUCAGAGUUUGGUGGAUCCAUUUACCAGAAGGUGAACGACAAACUGGAGACUGCUGUGAAUCUUGCCUGGACAGCCGGCAGCAACGGCACUCGCUUUGGAAUUGCUGCCAAAUACCAGUUAGACUCCAGUGCCUCCAUAUCAGCUAAGGUGAAUAAUGCCAGCUUGGUAGGAAUUGGAUACAGCCAGACUCUCCGGCCUGGUAUGAAACUACUCCUCUCGGCCCUGGUGGAUGGGAAGAACAUCAAUGCAGGUGGUCACAAACUUGGUCUGGGCCUAGAGCUGGAGGCGUGAGGAUCAGCUCUGCCAUCAUCUCAUAAGAAGAAGAGAAAUAUCAGCUGAAUCUGAUCCUGUGUGUUCCUGUCUGGUCAGCAACAGAUAUUUUAAAGAGGCGAAGCCAAAAAAAAAAAAAAAAAAGCCCAGUUCUCGAGCACUGUUAAAAUGGAAACCUUUCCACCAGCCUCCUUUUAUUGUUGUUACAAUAAACUAGUCAUGUUUCAAUCACAUGUAUUGAUCAGUUACUCCUUCUGCCAAUUUAUCCUCAGUAACGAUAGGGUGCACCGUGUCCAGGAAUGGUUUAAAAAAAACAACUUAUUUUGCUGAAGUGUGAGAAUGUAGAAUGUAAAUCUGAGCUGUUAAUUUGCACACUAGAUUAUAUCUUUAUUUAAGCUCCUUUUCCUUUGUUUUAUUUGCACAUUAUAUUUGUAUUUUAGUAGUGAUGUUCUACCUGUUGGCAGGUUAACUCCCAACAAAAUAUGCUUAUCAAGAUCGAAGCCAAUUUAGUGGCUGGUCUUCACUUUAUCUUUCUAGAGAGGCUUCAUUGUGCUGUGUGAUGAGUUUGACACCUCCGCUACCUUAAAUACCUGCUUCUAAGUUGCAAGACAAUGGUAAAUGGAUUUCCUUUUCCUCAGUGUGACUUGAGCGAAAGAAUAUUUGAGUGAUUCAUCCACUUUUCUUCCCAUUUCUGACGACUGUGACACUAAUCAGGAAGUGUGUUGGCGUGUGUCUAACCUUUGCAAUAAAGUCCUGAAAUCAACCUU